AUUUAAACACACACUAGUGCCCAGCUAAAAGCCAGCCCUCCCCCUAUGUUAUACGUUCUAUAAAGGCCUUGAGGCCUUUGGCACAAUAUGAAUAGUAGUACUUCGCAUGGCAUUCGUCGCAAAUGAAUGUGUGAAUAUAAAAAGACAUAACUGGCCUACAUACAUACAUAUAUAAACAUAUAUAUAUAUUUUUAAAAAUAUUUGACAUUUGGCAGUGAUGCAUUUCCUAUUGUAGAAAUAACUAACUCACAUGUACAAGUUUUUUACAUUUAUUUUUGUAAUUCUACGAAUACGUCAACAUGAAAUCGUCUUCACAUUAAAUGGCAAGUACGGAAAAGAAAUUCCAAAUCUGAGUCUUUUUGUAUGAAUCAGGCAAGAAUGUUGUUGAGUAAGAUAUAUGUAGUUACACUUCGAUCGUUAAUAUUAUGCUGAUUUUCUCUAAGGAGAUAAUUGAUUUGAUGGAAGACUUAAACAUCUAAUCGUUGAUUUUGGGCAGAAAAUACAAGGGUCCAAAAAUAAUCUGGACAAAAAUAUUGUCCAAGUUUCGGACCUCUGAAAAAUCGUAUGCGUUAGCUGGGUCAAGUAGAAACCGUUAAUACCUGCUUGCAAAUGUGGGUCAUAAAACAUGUAGUUAAUCCUCGACAGCUUGCACGUCAUAAACCCGAGCAGAUGCAUGUUAAACUUAAAUUUACCUGCAACUACAAACAGAUAUAUGUAUGUAUGUAUAUAUAAAGAUGCCGCUGAGUCUGAAGCUAACGCAGUCGAUCUUUGAUUUUGGCACGACCAACAAGUCGCGAUGGUGCUCGAUACUGUGACGAGGAACAUUGUAAAGUCAUUGAAGGAUAACUAUAGCUACGAGGAAAUCGCACAAAUGCUGGAGUGUGAUGUGGAGAGCGUCGUCAGCUGCAUUACGGAGACGGAGCUAAGCAAUAGCAAAAUGCCAAAGCUAAAGCUGCGGCCGUUGCCGGAUUUACAGAAUAGACGAGAGGUGGGACGGCCGAAGGUGUUCGAGAAUCGCAAAUUGGUGGAGAAGAUGCUGAGUGAGCAUCCACACUACACGUCCAUAGAUGUGCAGCGCGAGCUUAUGAAUCAAUUUGGCAUUGAGGUCAGUCGGCGCACUCUACAACGACGCAUCAGUGAGAUUAGGGCGCGCCAGUCUCCGGCAAAGAACGGGACUUUGAGUGCGACAGUUCGGCAACGGCGCUUGGAAUGGGCGCGCGCUCAUGCGGAGUGGACUGUGCAGGACUGGCGCAAUAUCUUCAAUAUGGACGAUCACAAGUCUACGAUGGGCACAAUGCCCAAGGAAAUAUAUGUGGACACAUUGCUGGGCCCAGACUGCGGUGAUUGCAAAGAUUUGAAUCUGUUGGAGCAACUAAUGAACAUAAUACAGCCCAAAAUACAGGAUCAGGCACCUCAAAAUGUCAACGAAUUUCGAUCGGUGCUCUACGACAUCUGGCACAGCGAUCAGGAGCUGGUCAACAAGAUUGAGCAGCUAUACGAGACGAUGGCAUGGCGUGUGGAGGCAGUUCUAAAAAACGGCGGCGCAGAGAUCGAUUGUUAAAUAGAUGCAGCUAAUUGAGAUACAUUUUGUGAUAACAUAAAGAUACAUAGACCUUAAUUAAUAGGCGAAUAUAUUUUUAUUAAAUAGUUUAGCUUAGACUAGAGUUUAGUUUUAUAAAACAUACAGUUGUUACAUAUUCGU